AGCCACAAAGCAUACACGCACAGCAAGAGUGAGGACGUAAAAAAAAGAGAGUUGCAAGAGAGAAGCAAAGAAAUCCUCGGCUAGCGUCUCAUCUCUCAGAUUCCUGCUUGUUUUGCAUCCGUGAUAUGACCCUGUUCAGCCCAAGAUACACGAGCAUGAGUGGAGAGUUGAAGUCCAGCCGCUCCAGGGCAGCGAGUAAGAGGGCCAGCAACACCACUUAUGGAUCUGAGUUCGACUUGGACUAUGACAGCUACCACGAGGACUACUAUGACAGGGUGUAUGACUACCAGCGUGUGCCGGCGUCCCUGUCUCCUCUGCCCCUGGGACCCAGUCUGGCCAAGCGAUCUCGUUCCUCCUCCUACUCCUCUGGGCACAGACGCAGUCGAGACAGAACCCACUCCAAAAGCUCCAGAGCCCACUCCACUAGUUCAACCACAGCCAAGUUGGACAUGGAGGAGUUGCAGGUGAUUAAAAAGGAGCUGACUCUGAUAAAGACACAGAUCGAUGGGCUGCUUGACAGUCUUGACAGGAUGGACACACAGAGGAAUGACCACAAAGGGUCUCCCCUGAGAGAGGACAGUCCAGCUGGCUCACCGUACGCUCUGUCUGCCAGCAGCCCCGAGCACUCCCUGUCCUCCCUCUCUCCACCCAGCUCCCGCCAUCAAAUCCACAGGGAGAAAGCUGACCUGAGGGAACCCGAUGACGACCACCACACGAUGAGCAACCACAGCUCCGACCCCGAGGAGGAAAUAUGAGGGAGAAACACGAGAAGACGUGGAUGAAGUGCCAAACACGGAGGAAGAGAACGACAACCGCCAAGCCGACACUCACACCAGAGGCUCGACUCCCCUCCCACAGGGUGUACAUAUCAGACAACACAACACAUUUAAUUGUAUCACGCAGCAGCUUGGUUUCUGUGACUUUUAAGUAAAACACUGACACAGGUGAGAAGAAUUUGGUUUGUCAGACUGAAAGAGAAAGAGAGUAAUUAUAAAAGAAGCUGUGUUGAAUUUAAGUUUUUAUAAUCCGACCUAAGCAGCUAUUCCUUUUGACUUGUCUGCACGGACGUCAGUAUUUCAGUAUUAAUUCAAAUAUUGCAGUUUUAAUCCAAAUGAGACAAUGGGGCUCUCUGAUUAAAACCUUAAGUAAGCAGCUUACCAAUUUAUCUUGUCUACAUUAAAAGCCUUCUUCUGAAACAGGAAGCACAAGCCGGUAUCAGACUGAACUCUACUAGAAGUAAUAACGUUUUUUCCAAGAACAAAAUUAUUACAUUCUUAGUCAAUGUACAAAAAAAACAUAGAACCAGGAAUAUUCAUGGAGCGUGUAUGGUUAUAAACCAUGAAAACAGCUUGGUGAAAUAUCAUAAUUUUCAGAAUAACGGUAAAACUGGAAUAGUAACUUUAAAAAAAGUAUUUUAACUUGUGAAAUCAAAUUUCUUAAAUUUGAUAUUUUACGAAGACUUUUUGUUGGCACUCAACUCACCAUUUCUAUUUAUUCAAUAUUUCUAAUAUAUCUGAAUUUAGCUAGUCAAAGUAAAUUACAGGAGUCUAUGAGUGAAACUGAUCUUUAAGGAGAGAAACAGGUUCCGGAUGCUAUAUAAAUAUCUUUCUCUAUUUUAAAUGUAUUUUAAGGACAUUGCAACUCUCUUCCCCCAUGUUUUUGGCACUUGUAAGACAUGCAGAGGCCCAGGUCAGUGUGUAAUAUUGUGUAUUAUUGUAAACUUUACUGUAAUUGUUGAACUGUCUGAUUUUAAUCUUGCUUUAGGACUUCUCAUGUGUUUUUUUUAAAGAAAAAAAAAAGAUGUUAUUCCUAUGGUGUUACAUGUUUUUGUUUGCAUUCUUAAGAUAAGCCAAGUGGAAAUACUCAUUGU